AUGGUGAGUAGUAUGGUGGUGGUGGUGGAGAGCUGUAGACAUAUGGUGGUGGAGGAGACUUGUAGUCUACCUUUGGUGAUGGGGAGUAGUAUGGAGGUGGUGGUGGGGAACUGUAGACAUAUGGUGGUGGAGGUGAUUUGUACUCAACCUUUGGAGAUG